AUGAGUGGAUUGUUGGUGUGCGUCCUCAUGGCAGCGCUAGUGGGGGUUGGUUUGACAUCACCCGUAUCCAAGUCGGAUGGCAACACCAAACAGGGUGGGAUACUGCCACAGCUACUGGCCAGGAGGGAGGCAGUGAGGAAUGUUGCAGAGAACGUCGCUAAGCGGGAGCAAGACACUCAAACGAGCAUGGCACGGAUGGAGAGGAUGGCGCACCUGUCAGAGGACCAGCGCGAGUUCAUGUCCAAGCAAAUCAUGCAGGCCAUCUCAGAGAUGAACGAGUGUCCGGACCGGGACUACCAAGGAUGGGUAGACUUUGGACGGCGGAGUGCAGAGUAG